GUGUGUGUGUGUGUGUGUGUGUGUGUUAGUGUGUGUGUGUGUGUGUGUGUGUGUGUGUGUGUGGAGAGCCGAGCGCUGACGCCGGCAGUCUGGGCCACUUGGCCGGCGCAAAGGAAAAAGGAAAACUGCUUCACCGUGUGUGUGUGUGUGUGUGUGUGUGUGUGUUCCUUCGGGUGAAUCGAAACUUUUGCUGCGAAAUCCCGGGGUUCAUUUUCUCUUGGAGACGCGCGCGGGCAGAGGAGUGGGACCGUCCCGUGGAGACUCCGGGGCUCGAUCUGUGCGCUUCGAGCAGAGAACGAGCUUUUGUGUCCGAGGACUUCAGAUGGAGUGAGUGAGUAGGGCAGUUCAGUGAAUUUCUCCAUGAAUGUACGUCACAAUGAUGAUGACAGACCAGAUUCCACUGGACUUGGCUCCGCCCCCCCUCCUGAACGGGGAGGUCCCGCUCAUGCCUCACAUGGUUAACGGCGAUGCGGCGCAGCAGGUGAUCCUGGUGCAGGUGAACCCGGGGGAGACGUUUACCAUCCGGGCAGAGGACGGCUCACUGCAAUGCAUCCAGGGUCCCGCUGAGGUUCCCAUGAUGUCCCCAAAUGGGUCGAUCCCUCCCAUCCACGUGCCCCCGGGAUACAUCUCACAGGUGCUGGAGGAUAACACAGGGGUCCGCCGGGUGGUGGUGACCCCCCAGUCCCCAGAGUGCUACCCUCCCUCCUACUCUCCAGCCCUUUCCCCCACACACCACCUGCCCCCCUACCUGACUCACCCUCACUUCAUCCCAAACUCUCACUCUUUCUACCCCCCUGUCAGCCCGGGAGACCUGCCCCACCAUCAGUACUACCAGCACCACCUUCCCCCCAUGUACGGUGACCCAGAAAUCAUCCCGGUAUAUGGGAUGUCUAACUACAUAGGCAGAGAGGAGUACAGUAAGCCACAGCCCAAAAAGAUAAAGGAACAGAGACAACUAGAGCGACAGAACCGACUGAACUCCCCUCCCUCCUCUCUCUAUAAGGGCAGCCUGGGGCCAGCACACAACGGAUACAGCAACAAAUCACACGCCCCGUUGCUCGGGUCAGUGGGGUCAGGGGGCGGUGUCUGCAGUCCGGGAGGGAAGAAGCCGGAGAGACGACUCCGCAGCAGUCCACGAAACGGUGAACCGGAGACACACACACAAGAUCAUGAUUCAGAGGGGAAGCGUGUUCAAGACAUGCUGUCUACGAUCGACAAACCACAGGUGUCCAAUGUGCAGGCGCGGGCUGCACGGCUGUCCUGGGCCCCCCCGGCAGGGCUGGUGAACAGGCAUAGUAACGGGAUGCCCGUGUCCUGCUCCUACGAGGUCUCUCUCUCAGAUAAGGGACGAGACGGAAAGUAUCGCCUCAUAUACAGUGGUGAAGAAUUGGAGUACCAUCUGAAAGACCUAAGGCCAGCGACAGACUACCACGUACGGGUCUCUGCGAUGAACAACUCGGUGCGAGGCUCGUGUUCAGAGGCCGGCUCGUUCACCACACACUGCAGCGUCCCCGACGUCCCGCUAUCCCCGAAACUCUCCCACCGCACCAAGAGCACCCUCACCCUACAGUGGAAGCCCCCAGGCGACAAUGGAUCCAAAAUCACAAACUACCUGCUCGAGUGGGAUGAGGGAAAGAAGAACAGUGUUUUCAGAGAAUGUUACUUUGGGAGCCAGAGACACUGUAAGCUGACACGACUGUUCCCCGCCUGCGGCUACACGUUCAGAGUGGCCGCGCACAACGACAUCGGCACAAGUGGCUUCAGCACAGAGGUGGUGUUCUACACCAUGGGCACCCUGCCCUCUCUGCCUCUGGCACCGCGGCUGGUCAGGGCCGGGGUGUCCUGGGUGACCCUGGAGUGGGGGCGUCCCGAGGGCAGUCCGAGUGAGGAGCAGCUCAAAUACACACUCGAGAUCCAGGAGGACAACAGCGGAACAGACUUUCAUCCAAAGUACACUGGAGAAAACUUGACUUGUACUGUACAAGGCCUGAAGAGGAGCACACAGUAUAAAUUCAGGCUCAUAGCAUCAAACAUGGAGGGAAAGAGCAGUCCCAGUGAAGUGUUGGUGUGCACCACCAAUCCAGACAAACCAGGCCCUCCAUCUACACCCUGUGUGACCAAAGCGACGCCCUACGGAUUCACUGUGACAUGGGAUCCUCCGCAGGACAACGGGGGCUCGGAGGCUCUGACGUACCUGCUGGAGACCUCAGAGGGCUGCUCUGAAGCGAGCCAGUGGGAGGUAGCGUACAGUGGUCCGGCAACAGAAUGCAUGUGUGAGCGCCUGACACCCGGGACCUUCUACCGCCUACGUGUGUGUAGCAUCACCACCGGGGGACACAGCCAGUGCACCGUUAGUGUUCCUGUGCGUACAUUAAGUGUCCCGCCAGGGCCCUGCCAGCCACCAAGGAUUGUGGGUAAAGCCAAACACAAGGAAGUGCAGUUAGAAUGGGACUCCCCUGUCUCCGAAGGAGUGUGUGAGGAGUGUGAGUUCAGUCUGGAGAUGAGCGAGGGGGACACCAAGCCAGCAGAGGUGUACCAUGGGGCGGAGUUGCAAUGCACGGUCGGCAGUCUGCUACCCGGUGCCACGUACAGCUUCCGACUGCGGGCUGCCAACGAGGCCGGGUUGGGUACGUACUCUGACCCAACAGAGGUGACAACUGCAGCGGGACCUCCUGGCCAGUGCGGGGCGCCGCUCAUCGCUCUCAACAACAACACUUGUGUAACGCUUAACUGGGAGAGUCCUGAGGGUUCGGGCACAGACAUCUCUGAAUAUCGUCUGGAGUGGGCGAGGGAAGAGGAACCCAUGGAGCUCAUCUACUGCGGAGCCGCCACACAGUGUGAACUGUCCGACCUGACGCCUGCCACGGACUACUGCUGCAGGCUACAGGCGGUGAAUCAGGCGGGCGCUGGUCCGUACAGUGAGCAGGUGAGUUUCAGGACCCCGGCGACGACUCCCGACCAGGUCUCAUCCCUCGCCCUCCUGGACCUCCCGACCUCCUCCGAGUCAGGUCACUCCCCGUCCACCUGCCUCUUCCUGAAGUGGGACGAGCCGAACAGCAACGGGGCGGAGAUCACCUCCUACGCCAUCACCCUGGACGACCAGACCAUUACUGUGGAAUCAGGGACAAGUCACCUUGUCACGGGCCUGCAGCCAGACACCGAAUACAGCGUACAGGUCCAGGCGACGAACGCCAUCGGCUCCAGCCCCACGAGUCCAGCCCUGCAGGCGCGGACGCGGCCCCUCCCUCCGGCCCCGCCCCCGCUCGAGUGCUCGGCGGCCGGCCCCCAGAGCCUGAAGCUGAAGUGGGGCGAGAACGCCAGCCACACACGCGCCCUGCUCGCCGACGACAUGGUCUACACACUACAGAUGGAGGACAAGAACCACAGGUUUGUGACGAUCUACCGCGGCCCCAGCCACACCUACAAGGUCCAGCGAUUGAUCGAGUCCAGCAGCUACAGUUUCAGAAUACAGGCCAUCAGUGACGCAGGGGAGGGCCCGUUCUCUGACACGCACACCUUCUGCACCACCAAGUCUGUGCCACCCGCCCUCAAAGCUCCCAGAGUGCAACAGCUGGAGGGCAACAUGUGUGAGAUCACCUGGGAGACAAUCCCACCAAUGAGAGGGGACCCUGUGAGCUACGUGCUGCAGGUGCUGGUGGGACGUGAGUCAGAAUACAAACAGGUUUUCAAGGGAGAAGAGGGUGUGUUCCAGAUCUCUGGUCUCCAGGGCAACACAGACUAUCGCUUCCGCGUGGGCGCCUGCCGCCGCUGCCAGGAUGCCUGCCAGGAGCUGUGCGGACCCCUGAGCCCCUCCUCUCUGUUCACGCUGCGUCGCCAGGAGACGGCGGCGUCCGGGGACCUGUGCGCCGUGGAGACGGGCAAGGGGGCGGGCCUGAUCUCGAGCGACGAGCGCUUCGCGGCGCUGAUCGUGUGCGUGUUCGCGGGCUUCUCCAUCCUCAUCGCCUGCUUGCUGCAGUACUUCUUCAUGAAGUGAGGGAAUUUUACUAUAGGAUAGAAAGAGAAAGCUAAAUCACAGAGAAACUUUAAAAAAAAAAAAAAGGUCUAUGAAACAACCGAAUGAAAUCAAAACAGACACUUGAGAUGUACUUCUAAGGCUAUGUAUGUUUUUUUUAGGGUUUUUUUAGUCAAAGUAUUGAUCCAGGCUUUCCUCGCCUUGUUCCUGUCGUCUUCUGCCUUCACUCGGUUCUGUCUCAUUUCUCUCUACGUCUCUGUCUUCGUGUCAUCGUCCGUCUCAUUUGUUGAGGAUUUCUGUCGAGGGAAGCCUCGUCUUCGCCGCGCCUCGGCUGGAAACGAAAAAAACUGAUAAUCAAGCCUUAAAAUAGCUGUGAGCAAAGCAGUUGCAUGUUUUUUUGUUUUUUUUUUCUGUAUCUUUUUAAAACAUAUUCGAUUAGAGAACGUGUAUAUUUCUUGACGGUCAUUGCCUUACAAUAGUUUUGUUUCGUUUUUUUAUAAUUGUUUAAUUUGCUGCAGUCGUUAUUCAUUCAGCCAUAUUCCAAUGUAGGCCUUCAAAGCUUUAGCCGUUCAUACCUUAUUAUUCCGUUUGUUACUACUCUACAAGCUGACGGUCGAUUUGUGCGAUCUGCUCUCACAUAUAGACUGACAGACGCAAUGCACGCACGUGUGCAGAUAUGCGUACACACACGUGUACAAUUAAACUCAUGCAAUGACAAUGAGAAACACAGUUCCUCCUAAGAAGGCAAUCGCUUAAAGGUGACAUAUUAUGCAACAUCAGCCUGCCGGCCCACAAACGUAUGGAAGAAGAUCACCCUGUCGUUUUUUUGUGCACUGGCUAAACCCUACAGCCUGGCUCUGAACAACUGGUUCAGAUUUCUCUCCCCCUGCGACGUCACAGAGGGGCCCUUUUGGGGGUAACCCCGCCUGCAAUCUGAGAAUCUCCACUUCUCCGGUGAAGUGGCGUGACAUUUUCCUACACAUUUUGUAAAUGGGUUGACCAAUCACAACAGACAGCUGGCCAGCUGGCCAAUCAGAGCAGACUGGGUGGGCUUUAUCGGGAGGAGGAGGGGGCUAAAAGAAAUCCAGGCAUUUUUCAGACGGAGGGUGAAAAGAGGAGCUGCAGAAUUGGGCAGUACGAGGACACUGAUGCCUUUCCUGAACUUUGGAGCACGUAAACCUUUUCAACUGGUCACCCAGAUUAAAAGUAUGAACCUGAAUAUGAGCAUAACAUGUCACCUUUAAUCUGCUCGGCUGUCAACAUUCAAUCACUCACUCAUUCAGCUACCAAAGUGAUGCAAUCCAUGUGUGGUGUAAGAUGCUGCUAUCCUGUGAUUUUUAUUAUAUCUAAGAAAAGAAUGGAAAACCAGUAAUCUAAUAUAUAUACACACAAUAUAUAUAUUAUAACAAAUAUCUAUGAUGCUAUAGAAGUGAUGUAAUAUAAGUGAUGGCGAUGUAAGGUCUGAAGUACAGUGUGAAAGCGGGGGAGUUUGCUCUCGGUGCUCGCGGCAGCAGCUCUGACGUCAGUUCAGAAGCUCGUGCGACUGUUUGAAGAAGCCGUUAAACACUGGUCUCGGAUCAGAAUAUGUAGGUAUUCAAAUGUUGGGCGUAAACUGGCUUUUAGCGUUUAGGGAAGCCGGGCGUGGCUCGUGGUUGGCUGCCACUCAGCGGGUGGGGGGGGGGGGGGCUGAGCUGGUGAAUGGCCCUCACUGAUUCGUCAGUCCUUCCAUAGCCUACCAUCUCAAACACCAUAUUUCUCCAGCCUAUUUUAUCUGUAGCUUCACUUUUCUUUUCUUUUUUUGUAGCGACGUGCCCGUAGCACCACAGACCCAGAGGUGCUCACAACCUGCCAGCUUGCCGCCUUUCUCAGAGCUCUGUGUGUGUGUGUGUGUGUGUGUGUGUGUGCGCGCGUUUGUGUGUUAACCAGGAAAGCCAUUAGGAGUUACCUUUACCCCCUUUUGAAAUCUCUCCAGCUGCGAGCCGGAGCAGCGCCGGUGCCCGUCGUUUCUCCCCCCCGCUCGUCUGUGAAUCGAUUCAUUUAAAGACUCUGCCCCUCUUUUUCUCGUUUCCUGCCCGUAAUUAAUUGUAAUUACCUUUUGUGCUCUGGCUGCUCCUCUCCAGCUUUCACCCCCCCCCCCCCUGCAUCUUUCUGUCCGUGCACUACCCCUCUCUCUCUCUCCCCCCUUUCCUCUUUCUCUGUCUCUCUAUUAAAAGGUGCUUAAUUGACAUGUAAUCAGAGCAGUAGCGAGUCUGUGGUCUCUCCUCGGAUGGACAUGUUCUCUGGGGACUAAUGUUCACUUACCAAACAAGCCUUCAAACCAGAACACAACUCAACAAAACAGGGCAUUCUGACACGCGUAACUCCCCCCUGACCUCCGCCAGCGACCCCCCUCAUGACUCCCGAACCAUUUUUUUUAAUUUUUUACCCCAACCCGAAAAACAAAGCCAAGGUACAGCCCCGAUACACACCCCGAUGAUCCAAAGAAGUCACCCUGACCUGCGUGAUUAAUGCGUGACGUGUCCACUUUCGUCGGGUGGGGUGUGGGGUGGGAGGGAUUGGGUGGGGAAAGGGGAGGGGUGGGGGGGGGGGUAAAUGAUCAGCUCUGAUUGGCAGCCUGUAACGUACCUCAGGGAAAAGGCCUUACAGAGGGGGAGAUCUCAUCCUGUCGUCCCUCGUUGCUAUCGUCGUCGUCGUCGUCGUCACCGUAUUCGCCUCUCUUCCUCCGUUUCCUCUCCCGUCUUCCUGCGGGUCUGCUCUUUCAUUUGGAUUUUUUUGUUUUUGUUUGUUUAAUGCUGUAUCUUGUCCUCUGUCUUUGCUGUGCCUUGCUCCUGUAUGUCAGUAAGCAAAGUGGUUUACUAGCUCAAAAAAUACCUUUGCCAAAGUUGAUGGGAAAGUUAAGGUAGAGUUCUUUUCUAGGUUUUAUUUAUACUAUAUAUUUGCAUACAGUACUUUACAUGCCAAUUACAGUGCAAUCUUCAUUUAUUUAUUGUUUAAAGAUUAAGAGACAAGUGUAGUUAUAUACUAAUUUUUUUUCUUGUAGCAUGUUUUUUUUUUUUCUUUUUCAAUUUUUUUUUUUUAAUGGAUGUACGUUAGAUUGUAUGAUUAAGGCCAGCAUUCCUUAUCUCAGUAACCCUUUAAGUAUUUCUCUUACAGCUGUUGGGAACCUGUAGCUUAUCAGUCCAUGCAUUGCAGAUAUCAUUGCUGUUUCAAACAUGUAACCAAAUGUAUUUUGUUUUUUUGUUUUUGUUUCUUCAUCUCCUGCUUUGGCCGUAACCGGCCAUGCAGUUCUGUGUAAUGCUUAGACAGACAUGUAGCAAAGCCAGGCCUUAGGAUCAGAUCAAGUCAUUGGUAAUGGGAUAAACGUCGCUGCCUUUGGCUUUUUUUAAUUUCCUGAUUGGUGUUAUAAUGAAGCUUCUAAUGUCUUUCUACAGUUUUAUUGCCAAAGCGCAGGCUUCUCGUGUCCACUAGAUGUUGCAUUUUGCAGUUGUCUAAAGGGUUUCUGUGAUGUUCUUCUGCAACGACACAGCAUUACGAUUAUUAUUUUUAUUGUUACUAUUAUUCUCUCAAAAGGAAAAAAAAAAAAAAAGGUUAACGUGAUCUGUGAGUAUGCUUCUUUUCAUAUUAUCUUCCAUUGUUUUGUUUUGUUUUGUAAAGCAAAAUGUGCCAUUUUUAAAAAAAAAUGUGUAGCCCCUUUGGAGGAGAGAUUUUAACACGACCUGAUUUCACGCCGAAAGGUUGAAAAAGAAAACUUUAAAAAAAAAAAAAGAAGGCAAAAACAAUCAUACGAUGAUUUCAGGCAAAUGACGACAAUAAUAAUAUUGACGAUUCCUUGUUCAGACUAGUGCUGGUAUAGCAGUAGUGAGUAUUUUGUAUCCAGUAUUUUGCUAAGAGAUGAUAUACAGAGAUAUCUAUAGAGCUAUAGAAUGAGAUGGUAAAUACCGUAUGACUAACAGAGUUGAAGCACUUUUUUUUUUAUGCCGAGCAUCAGUCCUGAUGAGGUUAAUGUGAGCGAGAGGAGCCGCGCAGCCCCUCCGCUCUGAUCCAAACACUACUGCCAACGCCCGUCUGUUACAUUCAUUUCGGCAUUGUUCUGUCAUCGGCGUCACUGUGACACUGGCAUUACAUGGAGCGCGGUUUCUGUUGCUCCUCCAGCGGCACCCUGCCUCCCGCAGGAACGCGGAAACCUUCCGCCAAACACAGGAAGCAACAGUUCCCAGGGAAGCGCGGUGCCUUUUUGUUUCUCUCAGACGUGCUCACGGUGUGUGUGUGUAUAUGUGUGUGUGUGUGUCUCUCUGUCUCUCUCUAUACCCGGCCCGUUGCAUUGUAGUCGACAGGUGACGCGCGAGGUGUCCUGUCGUCAAACCCGUGAUGUAAUGUUGCCCAGCCCCCCCGACCCCCCUUUUCAAGCCUUAAUGCCCCAGUGGGAGAGCACAGGUUUGCCCUUUGUGUUUGGCCAAAACUCAGGCCAGUUAUGUUAAGUGUUUUUAUCAUCUGAGGUUGACACAGUGUUAGCUGACGGACUGUGUGUUUGUGGGCAAGGUACUCCCUUUAUGUGCUUUGUUUUUGUUUUAUAUAAAAUACUGGUAAUUUGAUAGACCCCAGCCCCCUGCCCCCUCGCCCCUCCCUCCCAAACCAUCUUGCAGGUCCUGCACAUUUGGCGGGUAUAUCAAGAAUGAGAGACAAUUUAAUAUUUUUUUUUGGCCCAGCAACCCCACAUCUGUGCCUUCUGAUCAGUUUGUUUUAAUUUUUUUUUUUUCUCCCUUUUUUUUAAAAAUGUUUUGUACGUUUUACAAUAAGUAGAGAUUUUGACUGAGAGAUUUGGCGAUUUGACAAACACACAGAGAUCCGCAGGUAUUUAACUAUUUUUUAAGCGAGACAAAAAAAAGAAAAGAAAAACAUAUUUUUACCUCACGAUUUAAAAAGCAAACAUUCCAAUGUUGUCAUGGUCUACGAAUUGAAUAAAAAAAGAAAUUCAUGCAUUUCUUCUUGUAUUGUAAAUGUUAGACAAUUUCAUAUGCAUUAUAUAAAAGAAACUGCCAUAUCAAUUUUAAUGUAUAGAUUUUUGCAAAUACUACCCUAUGUAUGUAAGACGUAACUGUAUCGGUAGCGUAUAUAUAAUAUAUUUAUGCCCAAUAAAUGUUUUAAUUUUUUUCUGA